AUCACUCACUGAAGAAGAUGACAGGCUUCGCUCUAAUACAUCAUCACAAACCAAGCCAUUCAAGAACAACCAGUGACCCCCCAAUCCCUCACCCUACUAUACUCAAACUUGAAAAAAACCUCCACGGUCUCAAAUCAACCUUAACCUCUUCCUCUCCUCCAAAUGCCCAAAUUCUAUGCGAUGCAUUAAAAGAGGUAGCAAGCUUGUACAAGUCCAUUGAUGACCUCCUUUGCUUCCAUUCUAAUCACAAGAAAUGGGUAGACGACCAACUCGAUAACUCCAUCAAGCUACUAGACUUGACUUCUUCCACAAAAGAUUUAAUGGGUUUGAUGCAUGACCAUGUUCGAGAUCUCCGGUCGACGAUCAGAAGAAAAGGAAGCAAUUCUUGUGACAUAUCACAAAAGAAGUUGCAAGGGGAAACUAAAAUGUGCUUAAAGUUGUUGAAGCAGGUUGAAAGUGGUACUUGCUCGAGUUUUGUUAAGGAUUGGGAUUUGAUGAUGGUUGAUAGAACUUUGGUUGAAGUGAAGGAGAUUGUGGUUGCUAUAUUCAGAUCGUUAGUGGGCAUGAUUUUGGUGACGCCAAGGCCGAGAUUGAGGUGGGGUUUAGUCUCAAAGGAUGAAGGCGAAGAUCAAGAGCAUUUGAGGAAGUUAGAGGGAAGCAUUGAAGGGAUUGAGGAUGGACUAGAGUUAUUGUUUAGGAAAUUGAUACAAAAUAGAGUCUCUCUUCUUAAUGCUCUUAGCUUAUAGCAAGAGAUGUGCAAUGUACAUAUUGAAUCAUCCAAAACAUGAACAUAUAUUUAGAAUUAA